AUGUCGCCCAGUGCAACCACCGGGCCGGCCACCAAGGUCAAGUCCAACGCCUCGAGGGCAUCACAUGCGUCCAAGGCCGCGCUCGAGAACGGCUACCCGCAUGGCCAUCUCGGGCAUCUGACGCCGGAUGAGGAGGCCGCCCUCAAGGGCUUCAAGGCAUACCUGGAGGAGAAGAAGUUAUACCAGCAUGGCCCUCCACCCUCGCACGACGACCCGACGCUGCUGCGCUUCCUGCGCGCGCGCAAAUGGUCCGUACCCGACGCCUACGGCCAGUUCAAGGACACCGAAGAAUGGAGGAAGGCUAUCCAGCUGGACGUGCUGUACGAUACUAUCGAUGUCGAGGCCUACGAGCAGAGCAGGAAGCUUUACCCACAAUGGACGGGGAGGAGGGAUAGACGCGGCAUCCCUCUCUACCUCUUCGAGAUCCGCCACCUCGACUCCAAGACCAUCUCCGCCUACGAGAAGUCGGUCGACAAGACCUACUCCAAGGCCGCCGCGCCUCCAGCCUCGAUGCACACGCCGCCCAAGCUGAUCCGCCUCUUCGCCCUCUACGAGAACCUGACGCGCUUCGCCCAGCCGCUGUGCACCCAGCUGACGGAUCGCGAGCACCCCCGCACCCCGAUCACCCUCUCGACCAACAUCGUCGACGUCGGCGGCGUCAGCCUCAAGCAGUUCUGGAACCUCAAGGGCCACAUGCAGGCCGCCAGCCAGCUGGCCACGGCGCACUACCCGGAGACGCUGGACAGGAUAUUCAUCAUCGGCGCCCCCGCCUUCUUCUCCACCGUCUGGGCAUGGGUGAAGCGCUGGUUCGACCCCGUCACCGUGUCCAAGAUCUUCAUCCUCUCGCACUCCGAGGUCCUCCCCGUGCUGUCCUCCUUCAUCGACCCGGCCAACAUCCCCCGCAAGUACGGCGGCACCCUCGACUUCGCCUGGGGCGACGCCCCCAACCUCGACCCCGUCAUCGUCAAGGCGGCCGACUGGGAGGGCCCCGCCAAGGACAGCCCCGCGUUCCCCAAGGGCCCGGCGUACUGGAGGCCCAUCGACGGCGGCAAGAGGGUCGAGUGCGUCGCUGUCGGCAGCGUGGACAAGGUCGAGCGGUGCGUCAGGGUGUGUACCCUGCCUGUGGCGUUCCCCGAGGGCGAGGGAGAGAGUGCGGCGAACGGGGCGGCUGUUCCUGCUGUCGUUGCUAGCGAGGCGAAAGAAGCGCCAGUGGCAGCGGAACCAACAGCAGCGGAACCAGCAGCGCCAGAAACCUCGGCCCUGAGCCCCGCAGCGGCGGCCACGACGACCACUGGCCCCGCGAGCCCCGGGUUGGAGGAGGGCGAGGACGAGUUCAAGACGCCGCUGGGUUCCCCGCUCGUAUCUGCUACCCAGGAGCUGUCGCUGCAAGACCCCGGUGCGAUAGAGGAGAAGAAGAUGAACGGCGACGCGGCCGUUUCUGAGAAAGUAGGCGAGACAGAAGCAGUGCCCAACGGCAAGCCGGUAGUAGCGGCUUAA